GAAUUCUUCUUUAAUCUUGACUGUUUUGUUACUGCUUCACGGCAAUUGAUUGAUUCUCAUUUGAUAUAGAUGCUCAAUCAAUUGCUUAGACACUCGUUUAAUUGCCCUUCUAAAAUUUCAAGCAAGUGAUAGCUGUGGGUGAGUCCAGAGCUUCGUUGCUGCUGGAGCAAAACAAAGUCCUAAGAAAUUAUUGAAAAAUUUCUGCGGCCCGCCGGCCACCAUCCGUCACCACGUCGUCUCUCAGCUGCCCCGCGACUUUCUUUUCUCUUCUUCCCCUCCGUUUUUCACCACCUGCAGCUGGUUCUGCCCUUUUCACUCCCCACUUCUUCGCUGCUAGGCAAGGCUGCGUCUCUACCUUUUUCUGUCGCACAUACGCUACAAAAAAGAAGAACAAGAAAAUGGGCCCCAAGAAGGACCAGGUGGUCGAGAAGAUCCCUUUGGGACGACCGGGAAAUAACUUGAAGAGUGGUAUCGUCGGUCUCGCUAAUGUCGGCAAGUCGACUCUGUUCCAAGCGAUCACAAAGUGCUCCCUUGGUAACCCUGCCAACUUCCCCUACGCCACUAUCGACCCUGAAGAAGCUCGCGUUAUUGUUCCCGAUGCUCGCUAUGACUGGCUAUGCGAACACUAUAAACCUAAAUCACGGGUUCCUGCUAACUUGACCGUGUACGAUAUUGCUGGUCUUACACGAGGCGCCUCUACUGGUGCUGGUCUUGGUAACGCUUUCUUGUCUCAUAUUCGCGCUGUCGAUGCCAUCUUCCAGGUGGUUCGGUGCUUCGACGAUGCCGAGAUUAUCCACGUCGAGGGUGAUGUCAACCCCGUCCGUGACUUGAACAUCAUUAGCGAGGAACUCCGUCUUAAGGAUAUCGAGUUUGUCGAAAAGGCUCUAGAGAAUCUCGCCAAGCAGACCAGGAGAGGAGGUCAGUCACUGGAAAUGAAGAAAUUGAAAGAAGAAGAAGCUACUGUCGCCAAAGUUCUCCAACAUCUCAAGGACGGAAAGGACGUUCGUAAGAAUGACUGGACACCAAAAGAGGUCGAAGUGAUUAACCCUCUCUUCCUUUUGACCGCCAAGCCCGUCGUCUACCUGGUCAACUUGAGCGAGAAAGACUAUCUACGCCAGAAGAACAAGCACUUGCCCAAGAUUGCCGAGUGGGUUAAGGAGCAUGCUUCUGGCGACCCCAUCAUCCCUCUUUCCAUCUGCUUCGAAGAGCGAUUGACGCGUUUCGAGACCGAAGCUGAGGCUGAGGAAGAGUGCAAGAAGCUUGGAACCAAGUCGGCGCUACCAAAGAUUAUCGUCACCAUGCGUAAUGCUCUCCAACUUGGCAGCUUCUUCACUUGCGGUAGCGAUGAAGUCCGACAAUGGACUAUCCGCAAGGGCACCAAGGCUCCACAGGCCGCUGGUGUCAUUCACACAGAUUUUGAGAAAACUUUCAUUCAAGCAAUCGUUUUCAACUUCGAAACUCUCAAGGAGUAUGGCGACGAAGCUGCCGUGAAGGCUGCCGGAAAGAUCAUGACCAAGGGCAAGGAAUAUGUUGUUGAGGACGGCGAUAUCCUCCUCAUCAAGGCAGGUGCUGCCAAGGGCUAGAUCAACCAAAUAUAUGUCUAUCAAAUGAAGCACCCAUUCUUCUCGAGUAGCUUCGGGGGGUUCCCAUCACUCGUUCUUUGGCAGGUCUCAUAACUAAGCCAUUGCCAGGAGACGGUGAUAGUAAAUAUAAUAAUACAUGUCAUAAUGAAUGUCAUUGAUCUGAGC